AUGACAAUUGUACACAACUUUGCAAGUUUCAUAUUUAGUUUCUUCAUAAUCGAGAUCUUGCACCCUUCACGUCAGUUUCUUUUGACAAAUUUAGGAUGCCGACUGUUCCUGUCACAACUUGUCACAAGGGUCGCAGCACUUGGCUUAGAGACUUCGACCAUCAGCGCUUGGCGCCUUUUGUUCAGAGGAUGGCCGAAGAGUGCACCACCGGCAACUGAGGACCGCCACCUGAAGCUGAAAACAUCGAAAGCAGCGAGGCGAUCACCACACAGGACCGUUGGUCUACCUGCGUGGCGAUCGGGACUUUGCUGUUCUCCAUCCCUGCAUUGGUUGGCAGCUGAUGUUGGCCCUUGCUGCUCGCGGGACUUUUCAGUGGCUUGGCGUCCAUCAACACGUCUUCGUCACGGUCCUUCGUUUAUGCGGAAAUGGGGUCCCUUCUUCUGUAUCCUGGCCUCAAUCUUCCUCUGCAUGGCAGACCUCACUCGUCACUUAGUCAAUGACGCCUGGGGCACAGCUUGCACAGAUCUGCCGGAUGGAGCACAACUGGGUAUCUUCAACGGUGGUUCCAGUCCAGAGAUGCUGGGUGCCAUCUACGACAAGUACUGCAAGUCAGUCAAUGUUGCGAAUGAAUACACCAGCACUGGCGCUUUGUCUGCGUGGGGAUGGACCUUCACAAUCUUCUGCACCUGGACUGGUUUCGUCCUCCUCUUUGUGGGCAUCUGUUGGGUCAUCAGCCUUCCGCGGAAAGUCGCAGCACAGUGGAGAAGCAUUCGUCGGCGACGAGCCGCCGCGAGUGAGCCUUUGGUGUAG